CCCGAGGUCAUCUGUAAAUCUGGACAUUCCCCGUAAUCAGACGGUCUGCACAUAUAACCGAAAGCCAGCACUGCUCUGAGAUUUCAGAAAUGUCAUCAGCCAUGUCUGGGCGAAAAUCGUCGCCUCCAACAGCCAAUCUCGACAUAGACGACUACGAUGUGGACGAUGAUCCUUUUGCGUCAGAGCCUGAGGACAAGCAAAAACCUGCCUCUUCAAAGAAACGGAAAGAUGUGACCGGACUGGGUAUCGACGAAGAGGUUGCCGUGGCGAAGAAAGCAAGAGUACCUAACGUAAAGCUUGACGAGACAAGGUUGCUUUCAGAAAAGGGCAUUCCAAGACUACGGCGGAAAGCCGGUGAAUUGAAGUUCAAGGGCAAAGGCCAUGAGUUUUCUGAUGCCGCCAGAUUACUAUCCUUCUAUCAGCUGUGGUUGGACGACUUAUUCCCCAAGGCGCGUUUUCUCGAUGCUCUAGGUAUGGUGGAGAAAGCCGGUCACAAGAAGUUCAUGCACAUGAAGCGCGUGGAGUGGAUCAACGAGGGCAAGCCACAGUCAUCACGGCCUGAGGAAGAUGACGUAUUUGGGGGAGGAGGGGAGGAGCAAAGAGAUGCCGCUGUCUUUCCGGCGAAAGUGGCGCCUAUCUUUCAGAACCAAGCCUCGGGGCGGCCGAAGACGCCAACACCAGCCGACGUGCCCGACGACGAGGACGAUCUGUAUGGGGCAACACCCAAGGCAACCAACUCAGUACGACCUACUGGUAACUCUUUGUUUGGUAAUGGUGGUGACGACGCUCCAGAUGACGACGAUCUGGAUGCGCUCAUGGCGGAGGAAGAGGCGCAGAGGACGGGUUCUGUGUCGUUAUUUGGAAAUGGGGGCAAUGUUUCGUCUCGGCCAGCACAAAAAUUGGCGCCAGAUGAAGACGACGACCUUGACGCCCUCAUGGCGGAAUACGAAGCCGGCCCUUCGUUACCAGUGAGACAGGCACCAAGAGACAAGGUGCAGUCGGUGGACGAGGCUGAAGACGACCUCGAUGCGCUGAUUGCAGAGUCGGAGGCUCGAGCAGCGCCAUCUGCGAAUCAGGCAAAGACCUCUCCAGCCAGCAGUAGUCUGGAGAAAGAGGCUGAUGCGGACGAGGAGGCAGCAAUGGCAGAGAUGGAUGGAUUGUGGUAAUCUUGGCGGGAAUCGGAGAGGCCAUUAUGAGACAAUGUCGGGUCUGCAGGAUUUAUGAUGUGCCCUAAUACAUUGCCCGUCGUGAUGCUUGGGUACGUACGUUACUCUCCCAAAAAUUACCAUGUUGUUGUGCU